GUGUAUUUUUAAUUUUUUUAGUUACUUUUGUCGAUAGCUGCUGAUAGUUUAUGUUUUCCUAAUGGUAAAUAAAGAGAUUCCUGUGAACUAGAGAAGACAUUUUAUUUCUAACUCACUGAUGUGGUUUAAUGUGUUAGUGUUGGCUGAACAGAACGGUUUACCCAAAAAUUAAUUUAUUUUCGAAAUUUCAUUGCUAAUAUUUAGAAUUUUUUUUAAAUGGAGGUUAUCGAAGAUAUAACGCCAGAAUACGCGGAGAAGGAAAUAAACGAACUUCUCAAACACUUCUCGACCAACACCUACGAUGCAACAGCAACGUAUACUUCAGAGCCUCGUCCAUAUUUGAGUGACUCAAUUAAACUAUUGGAGAAGGACUACAGUAUUGUCAAACUUGAUAACAAACUUGGAAAGUUGUGUCCUCAAUAUCCCGAAAUAAUUCCGAUUAUGGAAUCACCUCGCAGCGUUACCACUAUUUUUGAGAACACAGAUGAGGUUGAAACUGUCACUUUAGAUCUUUCCAAAAUAGCUGAAUUGUGCGAAGGUGCGAAAAUUGCCAGAUGUCGUCAACGGUUUGUUGUUCCCGUAAUUUUAUUCAAUGGGAAAUACGUUUGCCGAUCUUCCACUUUGGCUAGUAAACCUGAGAUGUGCUAUCGUACUGGCUUGUCUAAUGUAGCUGGUUAUGAGUUACUGAACUCUGUUAAAGAGUUCUGGUGGCCAGACGAAGGUUUGGAAAUGAGCUCCAAUGAAGAUGAAACCGCAGGGUCUGAGCCAUAUGAUGAUGAUGCUAAGGUGAAAACGAUCUGUGAUAAACUCCGUAAUUUAGAUAUUAAGCUUUUGAAGAUGUAUAAUGUUAAGUCCAUUGUUGAUAUUAUGGUAGAAAAUAGAAAGUACAAGCAUUCUCUUUGUGUAAGUGCCUCUGAAAAAGUAGACGCUGCACGCUAUUCCAGUUUUGAUCUAAUAUGUCUGCCCUAUCCUGGCUGUGAAUUUUUUAAAGAUUAUCAUGAUGCAAAUUAUCAAGCUCGUGGGCUAGUUUAUGAUUGGGAAAGUCCGUUAAACGAUGCGGUUAUAUCAGUUCCAGAUGAUAAUAUAAACAGAGGUCUUGGGAUCUCGUGGGAGCAAUACAAGAAGUGGGAUUUGAUUCGCAUUACGAAGAACUAUAUGAAGUACAUUUUGAAUCGCUUAGAGGAGGAUUCUUCUGGUCUCCUUCUUCACUGUAUCAGUGGAUGGGAUAGAACCCCCUUAUUCAUAAGCUUAAUACGCCUAAGUCUCUGGGCAGACGGUUUAAUCCAUCGUAGUUUGAAUGCACAUGAAAUUCUUUAUUUUACUUUGGCUUAUGACUGGUAUCUUUUUGGUCAUCACUUGUCGAACCGGCUCUAUAAAACCGAGGAAAUUAUGGCAUUCUGCUUCGAUUUUCUACGUCAUUUAGGUGAUAUCAAGUACUCUGCAAUAAGAAGAUGUUCGGGUGAGAGCAGAUCGGAACUGACCGCUGAAGAAGGUGAUGCACCAGUGCAGGGUAGCCGCUCUUCCUCAACUGAUCCAGAAGCACCAUUAGAUGCCCACGAAACUUCUACGGAUUCCAACGCUUCUGAUACCUCAGACGAAAGGAUUACUGCAGAAAUUACGGACCCUCUUCGGAAUGAUAGUGACUCCGAGGAUAUGAACUGUGGCAAGACGCCAUCUCCAACAAGUCCAAGCCAAAUACGAACUCCGCCAGCCGGUGGAAGACGUCGCACUGAAAGCACUGGAAGUUUGGAAAUAAUCGGCGAUACUGGCAGCGUGGAAAAAGAAUACUCUUCCAAACCUCUAAGAGUUCAACGAUUACAAAAAGUUCGGACCAUCUUCUCUUCGUGUUACCAGAAAACCGUUAAAAACGAAACUUUUGGACCUCCAAAGAAAUCCUUAGUGGAAGAAGUGGUCUCUUGUAUUCCAGUAUGGAGCGACUGGUCACGAUAUCUGAGUAUGCCAAAAGCAAUUACGGGCGGCGAUGCCGAUGGCGACAAUGGUAGCAUUGAAACGCUACCCGUUUCGGAAUCAAACGGCAAUUCUGCUGAAAAUAAUGAAACUGAUAAGACCGGUUAAAUUUCUUACGGGUCAGAUUGUCGCUGUUUAGCCAACUAGCCUGAAUUACCCAGAACAACCAUCGAAUUACCAAAUUUUAAUAUUAUUUAUAUUUGUUUUCAAUCGACUGAUUAGUUUUAAUAACUGCUAGAGCCGAGCAAUAUUUUUAAUCAACAACUGAAAUAUUUGUGAUUAAUCUCAGCUAAAAAAGUACGUACUGUUUUGCAGGAAAAAAUCAGGUGAUCUAACAAAAAUCAUAAAUAUUUUUCAGUUAUUGAUUAAUAUUCCAAUAAGCCGUCAAUAGGAUCAAAAUUAUGUUACCCUUCCGAUAACUCAUCACAGUUGAACCGGACUCAAUCUGGCAUAAUUAUGUUUGCACUAUUCCACAUUGAUCAGUUACCCGCCAAAAAUUCAGCACACAGCAUUUAAAAUUUUGUGUUAAUUUCUGAAAGUAUUUAGCAGCUACUCAGAAAGAUUUUAUUUACUGUUAUACGUCUUUAACUAGUAUUUGUUAUUCUUAAUCAUCCACAAGUUCCUAAAAGCCAGUAGUAAUAUACAGACUAUUCCUAGUCGAUAUAUUUUUCUACAAUAUCUACAGUAUUUAGUUAAAAAAAAGUGGAUUUGCAGUCGUGGGCGGUUUGUCAUAUCUGUUACAUGUUAGAUCUUUGGAAGGAAAAGAAAUUUAAAAAUAUCAAAUGUAUUUACAGCUUCUAGACAAAAAUCGAUCAACCAUUUUCUUUCGCCGCCGAAUGUGACAUUAGUUUAAGUCUUCCAAAAAUUUAUUCAACUUAAAUUAAUGUUCCAAAAAUAUGUUCAAUGUUUGUUUUGUAUUAUUGUUAUUAAUAAGUUUUUGGCAAUACGCCGUGUACUAUAAGAAAACCGUUUAGUAUUGUGAAAUAUGAUUGAAAAGCAAUAUUUCAAUUUAAAUUAUUGUGGCCAAAAACUUUGGUGAGUAUUUAAACUCAUUUGCUUAAUUGUGUUAUAUAAGUAUUAUUAAUUUUUUUAUUUUUAUAUAAACAGGGAAGUUUUUAACUUGUUUGUACCCCUAUUGAAAUAAAGCUCAAAGUUCUAAUUUAAAA